ACAAUACAUUACAAUUUGAUUGCCACACAGAUGGGGCGUGUCUAUUGUCGCAGCACCCGUAUUACCGAUUCGUGGGAUAUACAAUAUCAUACAAUCCGGUAUACGGUCGGUCCCACGUACUCACAUACGAGUGACGGAACUCUAAACGGGAAGUGUGAAGUGUAAAAGUGGCUGGAUUUGGACCAGUAAACUCCAAUAAAGGAAAUGCCUGGAAAGUUUGAGAGAGCACGUGUCUGGGGCUGUUGCCCUCAGACUGUCCGAGGAUAUCAGGGAUUUCUCGAGGGUGAGCCCAGCGGCAAGAACUUUGUCUAUGUGAAUCAAAACAAUGUUCUGGUCAGAAAUAUUGAGGAUCCAUCGAUAGUGAAUAUCUACAAUUACCACAGUAACCCAACCACAUGCGCCAAGUACGCUCCAAGUGGAUAUUAUGUUGCAUCUGGAGAUGAUAAAGGUAACUUGAAAAUAUGGGACCCUAACAACCCUGAGGCUAAGGUGAGGGAGUACCGUGUUUUGGGCGGGGCCAUCAAAGACAUCGCCUGGACUGAGGAUAGCAAACGAGUUGUCGUUGUUGGAGAAGGUGCUGAAAAAUGCGGAGCUGCCAUAAUGUUUGACACUGGGGCAUCUUGUGGGAAGAUUGAUACAAUUGAACGCACAAACUCCUGUGAUAUCAGACAGAAACGUCCAUAUCGUGCCAUCGCUGGAACGGAUGGUAAAUCUGUAGAUAUCUUCAAAGGACCUCCUUUCACCCGCUUGACCAGGCGUUAUGAUCACACCAACUGGGUGCAGAAAGCCAAGUAUGCGCCAAAUGGUGAACUGUUUGCAUCUGGAGGCUCAGACGGGAAGUUAAUUCUUCAUGGUUGGGAUGAAGGUGAGAUAGUACAAACCCUCGGAGAGGAUGGAGUAGCUCACAAAGGGACCAUUUAUGGGUUGUCUUGGAGUAGUGAUAGCAAGCAGAUUUUCACCUCAUCCGCUGACAAAACCGCUAAGAUAUGGGAUGUGGAAACUGGCAAAUGUAUUGCUGAGACUGUGUUAGGUGAUUCCGUUGGAGAUCAGCAGUACGGUUGCCUGUUGCAGAAUAAUUUCUUCCUCUCAUUAUCUUUCGAUGGUACUGUCAAUUAUAUUGACCCUAACGCACCUGCCAAACCUUGCAGAAUGAUCAAGGGCCAUCAAAAACCCAUCAAAUCCCUGUGCGUCAAUGCAGAUAGAACUAAGGUCUUUGCUGGAAGCUACGAUGGAGUUACAACUUGCUGGGAGUAUAAGAAUGGCGUUGCCAAGGCGAUCGGGGGUAAGAACAAACCCAAGCUCUUGACCCAGAUAGAUUACAGAGAUGGCAAGUUGUCUAGCGUCGGUUCAGAUGACUCCAUGCGACUAGUUGAUGAAGGAAAGGAAGAGUUUGAUGAUGACGCAUGCGCACUUGACUCACAGCCUCGGGCACUGUGCAGAGGAGCAGGGGAUCUAACUGUUGUUGCUGGAAUCGAAAAGGUGACAAUUGUGAGGGGAUCACAGAAAGCAUCAGUACUGGAUGUCACCUACGUUGGAACAGCUGUUGAUAUCCACCCUAACCAAUCAGAGGUUGCCAUUGGUGCUGAGACGGGCAAGAUAUACAUCUACUCUCUAUCUUCUGACACUCUGACUGAGAAGACCAUCAUUGAUGCCCAUACUGAAUAUGUUACUAGGUGUCGAUUCUCACCUGAUGGUGAAUAUCUAGCAGCCUGCAGCUCUUCAAAAGAGAUUGAACUCUAUAAAGUCACCAAUGAUUACGAAGAUUGUCAUCGUAGACAAUACAGGCAUGCUGCUAGAGUAACAGACCUUGCUUGGAGUCCAGACAGCAAGCAUUAUGCAACUAGUUGUCUAGAUGGGGCUGUGUCUGUAUGGAAUCUAGAGAAACCUAUGCCUAUGUCACAGCAUAAGGUUCACGGACGAGCUGAGACCAGCUGUGUUGCCUGGCUGGAUGAUGAAACUAUAGUAACCGGAGGAGGUGAUGCUUGUUUGCGGACCUUAACAGUUACUUUCUAGAAAAGUAAACUUUUAUAGAUUUAUAUAUCCAUGAGAAGUCAUACAGUUCUCAUAAUAUAUAUUGAUACUAAAAAUCAAAAGAAUAAUAGUAGCAUUGCUGAUCAUUGUUCUUUUAUGUGUACAUUAUUUCAUAUACUUGUUGAAAUUUGUAUUGAGUAGGAUGAUUAUAUUUCAUUUUGAAUUUCACCAAAGCCUCUAUUUCAUAUGAAUAGUCACACUUAUAAUUAAUCAUGACUCAAAUGUUAAAGUUUGGUAUGAGAACUAUGAAGUUACUAAAGUAAUUAAGACCAUUAAAGAUCCAAUCAGCAAUAAAUUAUAGCUUCCCUUAUUAAAUAUUUUGAUUAUAAUAUCAAUAGUUUUGAUUAAAUGUUACCAUUAUGAGAAAAUGAUUGCUUGUUAAUCUUUUGUAUGAUAAUGAUAAUAGGUUUAUCAUUUAGUAAAGUAAUCAGUAACUAUACAUUUGUAGGUUAAUUUCAUACAGAUGUUUAUAGACAGGUAUGUAGACUGUCUAACUUAAUGUUGUAACAAAAACUUGUAACUAACAGUGCAGGAUCUUAUGGUCAUAUUAUUCUCCUAAAUUGAUACCAAUAAUAUAUUUGAAUACUAUGAUACUUUCUAAAUCAAGAUAAAGCAGAGAUUUAGCCAGAUAUUGCUUGAAGAAUACUCAGUCUCAUUGAUAUCAUAUUUAAUGAAAUCAGAGUUCAUGUAUUUCUUUCCUUUUAUAUUGAAAAUUUGAAUGAUGAUUGAAAGAGUUUUGCAAAAGGUAUCAAAUUCAUUUGCUUAGGUGUCGGAUAUGUAUGUAUGGUUCCCAUCGACUGAUGAAACUUUUCUGUAUUAUAUCUAUCUAUAGGGACUGAUUUUUCAUUUUGAUUUACCGGUAAACGGAAAACUUCUGUCUCAUUGUCUAUUGUCUGAGAUAUUAGUUGAAACUUUUGCACAAAUUACAAAUUGGUUUGAUUUUGUGAGGGGUCAAUCAAGGUAUUUGAAAGCCAUGUGAAGGAGCAUAGUUUGUAGAAUCAAAAUGUAUUUUAUUUAUAUCAAGCUUGAAUUCUACAGAAUAAUUCCAAGAUUUACUCAAAAGUUUAUGCAAUUUUUUUUGUUCUGUUACAUAAUAUCCCAGCCACAAUUUAUUGUACAGAUUGUACAGAAUAAUUUUCUUUGUAAUUUAUCACACAAAUAAUUAAAUUGAAUUGAAAAUCAUAUUAUUGCGGUAAUUCAUCCAUGUUGGAUUUUUAAAAUCAGGAUGUAUUCACCAGAAACAUUUGUUUUGUUAAAUCUCUUGAAUUUAAAGAACAUUUAUUGGUUAUAUACCCAAAGAAUUAAUAUUGGUUCAAAGGUUUAGAAGUUUUAAGUUUUACAGUGUAUACAUAUACUGUAUUAUAUUUCUAUGUGUGGGUUAGAUAUACAGCUUGUAUUUAGUUUUCAUGAAAGAAAAAAAAAGCUACUUGUCAUUAUUUAUCAUUUGUCUUGAUUGAGUAGAGUUACGGUAUUUCCUUUAUAUUAAUGUAAGAAGUGAAUAAUUGGGUAAUUUUAAUCUAGUACUUUGAAUAUUUUCAGUACAGAUGUUUUAUUUUUUGUUUGGAAAAGAAAGAAAUGAAUUUGAAUGUUUUUAUAUGCCUAUUUUGAUGUAAGUUCUUGUACCACAGACGGUUUGAAUUCUUCAUGACUUCUGUCUUUAUGGGCAUGUUCCCGGGGGUCCCUUCAAAUAAUGAAAUGAAUUAGGGUAAAUUGAAGAAGAAAAAAAAAUUGAGAAAAAAUUAAAAGUAAAUUGUUCUGAAUACUCCUUUAUUUUGAUUGUAAAAAGGAAAAUGAAGUCGGCUUACUUACAUCUCAUCAAAAUACCAUAUGUUUAAUUGUCUCUAUUACUUUAUUAUUGUUUAAUGUAUCAUAUUUAUUAAUGCAGAUUGAGUAGAUUUAAUGAAAUUUACCAAAAAUUUGACUAGAAAACGUGCAAGAAAUAUUUUCCAAUUAAUCAUCCUGUAACAGGUACAAAUAAAGAAUGUUCUAAAAAUCAAAA